CUGAAGUCUGCUGCAGGCAGCACUCUGGAGCUCCCUCUACCCAAACAGGGAAAGAGGCAAAAAUAAUUGAAGGGUAUCUGGCUGGGUUAUGUGGGCAGAAGUAUCCUUGUGAAAACAACUUUGAAGAUCUGCUUAGUGUGUGGCUGUGUGGGGGUGUGUGGCUCAAACUUCCCUCUAGGGACGACAACGCUACGGAAUUAAUCUCAUUGAGAGUGAUCAUCCAGACAAAACGUCUGUGUUAGUUACGCAGGUGACAUGGUGGUAGCUUCAGGUUGAACAGGCAUUUUGGGGACCCUCAACUGCAUUCUGGAUACCCUCACUAAGCAAGUGGUGGAAAUCAAAGAUGAGUGAUUUUGAAGAAUGGAUUUCUGGGACAUAUAGAAAAAUAGAAGAAGGUCCUCUCCCUCUGUUGACUUUUGCUACAGCUCCCUACAACGACCAGAAACCAGGAACGAGUGGAUUACGAAAGAAAACCUAUUAUUUUGAGACAAAGCCAUGCUAUCUGGAGAAUUUCAUCCAGAGUAUAUUCUUUUCCAUAGACCUAAAAGAUCGCCAGGGAUCAUCACUGGUGGUCGGUGGAGAUGGGCGGUAUUUUAAUAAAUCAGCGAUAGAGACAAUAGUGCAGAUGGCUGCUGCCAAUGGGAUUGGUCGCUUGGUUAUUGGACAGAAUGGAAUCCUGUCCACCCCUGCUGUCUCCUGCAUCAUUAGAAAAAUCAAAGCCAUUGGUGGGAUCAUUCUGACAGCCAGCCACAACCCAGGAGGGCCUAAUGGAGAUUUUGGAAUCAAAUUCAAUAUUUCUAAUGGAGGCCCUGCUCCAGAAGCAAUAACUGAUAAAAUUUUCCAAAUCAGCAAGACUAUUGAGGAAUAUGCAAUUUGCCCUGACCUGAAGGUAGACCUCGGUGUCCUGGGGAAGCAGCAGUUUGACCUGGAAAACAAGUUCAAGCCCUUCACAGUGGAAAUCGUGGAUUCGGUGGAAGCAUAUGCCACGAUGCUGAGAAACAUCUUUGAUUUCAAUGCACUGAAAGAGCUCCUUUCUUCUCCAAACCGACUAAAGGUCCGGAUAGAUGCCAUGCAUGGAGUUGUGGGCCCCUAUGUGAAGAAGAUCCUCUGUGAAGAACUUGGUGCUCCUGCAAACUCAGCAGUUAACUGUGUUCCCCUGGAGGACUUUGGGGGCCACCAUCCUGACCCCAACCUCACCUACGCGGCUGACCUGGUAGAGACCAUGAAGUCAGGAGAGCAUGAUUUUGGGGCCGCCUUUGAUGGAGAUGGGGAUCGGAACAUGAUUCUGGGCAAGCACGGGUUCUUUGUGAACCCUUCGGACUCCGUGGCGGUCAUCGCGGCCAACAUCUUCAGCAUUCCGUACUUCCAGCAGACCGGGGUCCGUGGCUUCGCACGCAGCAUGCCCACCAGUGGCGCCUUGGACCGGGUGGCUAAUGCUACAAAGAUCGCUUUGUAUGAGACCCCAACUGGCUGGAAGUUUUUUGGGAAUUUGAUGGAUGCAAGCAAACUGUCCCUUUGUGGGGAGGAGAGCUUCGGGACUGGUAAGUUGCAUUCCUGUGCUAGUAUUUCCUUCCCCACAACUGCCACCUCCAGUGAAAACUUAGACUGCUAAGAGAGCCCUGAAAUAGCAGCAGUAGCUGGUGUGUCCUAAAUCUAAGACAAUUUAUUUAUAACAACCUCAGUGAAGUAUACACAUCUGAAAAGCAGCAAGCACAUUUAGCCAGGAGGGCUAAUUUUACUUUCAGAGGAUCACAUCGACUAAGACAGGAAGUUUGGGGGCCUCGUUGGCAGUGUAGUCAUCAAGUCUGUAGGGAUUAAACAGAGUGAUAAACAUAUUUUUCUUACCUCGGUGGCCAAGGAAACCUUAAUAAAUGUUUUCAUUUCUAAAAAGAAAUAUGGUGGAGCAAGUCAGUUUUUUGUUUUUACUUAAGAAGAGGUUUUAGUACAGCAUUAAAUCUUUCUCUUUCAUAGGCCCAAGUUUUCUAUAACAACAACUUAUGAUUUAUCAAGGCUAAAUGAAGGGAGAGCAUUAAGGUGGAACUAAGUUGGUAGGUGAUCAAGAAAUUAAAAAUACAUCCUUGUGUACAAGGGUGUAUGCAUACAUUGUAGUAUGUCGAAAGGGUAAAAUGGGGUAUACUCUGCAGUGAUCCAAGACUCUUAGAUUCCACUUUCUGUGCUCUCCCUCCUCUCCUCUGCCCAUUUGAAAUCCCACCUCCUCUAUGACCUUCCCCAUUACCCCAUCCUACCUACCUCAGUUUCUCUUGCAAACAUCUACUCAGUCACGUGGCUAUGGUCUAAGGUCACAUCUCUUUUCAUUCUUUAUCCAACAUUUUGAAGUAAACAACUGGUCUUCUUGGUCCUUUAUUACUCUAUAGUCACUCUUUAGCAAGGAAAAGAAGAUCAAACACAAGCAAUCUCUCAACCUUGCAGUUAUACUUCAAUUCAUGCUGUGUUGAAUGAAUCAGAACACUCAUUUCCUUUCCUUUCAUACAAAUCCAGAUUUAGGGUGGUAGAUUUGAGGUUGUCUAUGUUUUCAAAGUUCUAAGCUGUUUAAUAUCUUUGAGAGAGUGUUAGUACUCUUUGUCAAUGAAUAGACUUGAUAGAAUUGGAAGGUAUUAAAAAAGACAGAUGAGUUCAACUGGAGGUUGAACAAUGUCUACAAAGAAUACUAGAUGAUUUCCCAAAGAUCUAGGUUUUUAAUCAGAGAAUACAAGACCAUUGAUUAGUCUUGUCCUACUUCACAAAUUGUGGGUGAUGCCACAUUAUUCUGUGAGAUGCUUUACAAAUGAAAUGCUCCAUGGCAUCAAACAAUCUUUUCUAUGAAUGAAGAUAACUUUGGAGGCAAGCACUCUGUCUAAACCUUUGGUUUACUGCCCCCAUGUACCUGUAUCAGUGCUGAACCCAGUGAGAAGAGACAAGUGUAGAAACAGUUUUCCCAUGUGAGGGUGUGUAGGAGAAUACUAGUUUCAUGAGAACUAGAUUGGGAAACCAACCUCUCUAACAUGGAUAUUCACUGGUAUUAGCAUUUGAAGCUUCUAGAACAUUCUACUGUAAGGAACACAGUUAGUACAGUUUUUCCCCAAAAUUUUUACAAUUCAUAAUAUCCUUUUAUCCUUUUUUUUGGUAGUACACCCUGUAACAUUCCCAUAGACUCAUGUGGGAAGCAUUGGAGGAUCAGAGCCCCAGAGCCAAGCAGGAGUCCCUGGUGCAGUCCCUGGAAAGAGCCUGAAGACAAUACAGUAUGGCUGCUUCUGUCAUGUACAGCAGGCCUUCAAGUACUAGAAGGAGCUUUCAGGUCUAGUCUCCUCCAGGCUACCCGUCCUUGAUUCCUCUAGUCAUUCUUCAUUUCACACUAGAACUAGAUACUUCUGAGUUCAUCAGUGCUCCUCUUGGAAGUUUAUGCCCAUGCCCAGAACUGAGCCCAUAUCCUCUAGGGUUGGCCUGGCAGGUGAAGAGUAGGGUGGGAUGAUUUCUAGUGAACCCAGGGCCUUGUGUGUGCUGGGCAAGUGUUCUACCACUGAGCUACAUUCCCAGUCCCAUGUACUUUUCUUGAUGUAACUUUCAGUUAUUUUAGCAUUUAGAAAGUUUUAUAAUACUGUUGUGUCUGCAUCAGGUCGUGGGUAAUUUUAACCCAGGAGCAUCUGUCAAGAAAAGUCCCUUGUUAUACUGUGGGAUUGAUUUCUUUGACUGAAAGUGUCAGACUUUACACUUUGCUUGUUAAAGUUUGUUCUUAUUAACUCAUUCAACAAAUACCUCGUGCUAGCUAUGGUUAUCUCUUGCCUUCAGUGCCUUUUAUAUCCAAAGAGAAUGUACCGUGAGACUAAUCCGCAAACGCUCUCUCUUUAAAAAAAAAUAGCUGGGUGCUGGUGACUCAUGACUGUAAUCCUAGCUACUCAGGAGGCAGAGAUCAGGAGGAUCAUGG